UUACGUUGGCAGGUUUCAAUUGAGCAAAGACUUGGCCUUCCUUUUUGCAAAGCGUUUGCUUAGGCUUGUGCCUACCCGCACGCGUGGGGUGAGCUACCUUGUCGCACCGUCGGUCCGCGUCUGAGAGAGCCCUGUUCCCGCCGGCGGGGCGGCGGUUCUUCAGUCUUCUCCACGGAAACCGGAUACCUCUCUCUCUCUCUUUUCGCGCGCGCGGGCAUCUAAAUUCGCGUGGUGGGAUCUCUGGAUGUCGCAAAGCGAAUGAGCGCCGACCUCUUUCUCUCAGAUCGGUACUUGGUGUUGAAAUUUCUUAUUUCUUCCUCGGAUUUAAGCGAAUAUCUUUCCCUGUUGGUCCGUUGUGUUUCUUGGUACUCGAGGGAGCUGAGGGGAGGGUUCGAUGGAGGGAUCUUCCGGCGAGGCUGCGGCGGAGUUGCCGGUCGCCAAUUGGAGGAGGGACUUCUCUAGGGCGUUCCAGUACUACCUGGACAGAUCAACCCCGCAUCCCGUUGGGAGGUGGCUUGGCACGCUAGCCGCUGCCGUUAUCUACUCGCUGCGCGUCUACUACGUACAGGGCUUUUACAUCGUCUCUUACGGGCUUGGCAUCUACGUGCUCAACCUGUUGAUCGGGUUUCUUUCGCCCAAGGAGGAUCCGGAGCUAGAAGUCCUCGACGGGGCGUCGCUGCCAACAAAGGGUUCCGACGAGUUCAGGCCCUUCAUUCGCCGUCUCCCUGAGUUCAAGUUCUGGUACUCCAUAACAAAGGCAUUUUGUAUUGCAUUUGUUAUGACUUUCUUUUCAGUUUUUGACGUUCCAGUGUUCUGGCCUAUAUUAUUAUGCUAUUGGAUAGUUCUCUUUGUCCUGACCAUGAAGCGUCAGAUCUUACACAUGAUCAAGUAUAAGUAUGUUCCAUUUAGCAUAGGUAAACAGAGGUACACCGGGAAAAAAUCUUCUAGCAGCACCGGAUCAUCCAAAGAUUGAUGCCUCUAUAGGAACAUACACAAAAUAGAGACUCUUGUCUAAAUGCUUAGUCCCAUAAUUCAUCUAUAUGACGAGAAAGGGAUCAAGCUUCCUGUCUGUUUGAUGAUUGAUUUUAAUAUUGGUGCUCCGUUAUUUGUUGGUAAUCUUCAUAUAUCUCUUGUAAGACGCUUGAGAAAAAUGUUUACUGGUAGCUUUGUUCUGUA